UUUACUUUCUCUCUAAAACGAUGCCCUGGCUUUUCAUCAUCAUCACAAUCGUAUAAACAUCAGCAGCAGGAGGAGAAAAAAAGAAGAAAGAAAGACGAAAAGAUUGUCAAUCUUCUAUAAGUUAAUCCCCGUUGAUUAAAAUUCUGUAGGUCUUCGAUUCUCUCGAAAGACCGAUUAAUCAAUAAUUGUUCUAUUUAGGUCUCAGUGAAUUGCUUUUGUUUGGAAAUUAGUCAGUCCAAAAGAAAGAUAAGUAACCCAAUUCUCAUGGGAAGUCGAGGGCAGAAACGAACGGAAACAACUGACGAAUUACCAGCAGAUAAGCGAGCUUGUAAUUCAUUAGAGUUUCGACCAAGUUCCUCCAACUGUUCCUCAAUCCGAACUCACCUCAAUUCACCAAUUUCUACUCCCGAUGCUGAAAUGGAAACUUCCUCUUCUGCCUCGGGUUCCAUCCGAUCCGAUGGUGAACACGAGAAGGAAGAAGAUUCAGGUUACGGAUCAUGCGAUUCUGACGAUGCCGAGCAACAACCACGGCAUCACAUUUUAAGAGAUUAUCAGAGAAGAAGAUCGUCGAGUGAUCAUGGGAAGUUGAGCAGUAUUUUGUCAAAUUUGAACGGAGGAGGAAAUGGAGGUUCUGGUCAACUGGCUGCGUUGACUGAACUUUGUGAAGUGUUGUCAUUUUGUAAUGAGGAUUCGCUUUCGAGUUUGAUGGUGGAUUCUUUAUCACCUAUACUUGUAAAGCUUGUGAAGAUUGAGAGCAACGCUAAUAUAAUGUUGUUGGCUAUUAGGGGAAUGACUUAUUUAUGUGAUGUCUAUCCUAGAUCAUCUGGUUUCCUUGUAAGGCACGAUGCAGUUCCUGCUCUUUGUGAACAAUUAUUGGCUAUUGAAUAUGUGGAUGUGGCUGAGCAGUGUUUGCAAGCAUUGGAGAAAAUAUCUCGUGAUCAACCGCAUGCUUGUUUACAAGCUGGUGCAAUAAUGGCUGUUCUAAAUUUUAUAGAUUUUUUCUCAAUUAGUGUGCAGAGAGUUGCACUUUCAACUGUGGUGAACAUUUGUAAGAGACUUCCUCCAGAGGGUCCUGCACGUUUCGCUGAAGCGGUUCCCAAAUUAUGUGUUUUACUUAAGCAUGAGGACCAACAGCUUGUUGAGAGUGUUGCAACUUGCUUGAUCAAAAUAUCUGAGAGAAUGUGUCAGUCUUCUGAACUGCUGGAGGAACUUUGUAAGCAUGAGCUGAUUAAUCAAGUCACACACCUUAUGAAAUUGAACAGCCGGACCACUGUAUCCCAGCCAAUAUACAAUGGCUUGAUAGGAUUACUUGUCAAACUUUCUUCUGGGUCUUUUGUAGCUUUUAGGAAUCUCUAUGAGCUAAAUAUAAGCAGCACACUGAAAGAUGUCUUGUCUACUUAUGACCUCUCUCAUGGAAUAUCUUCUCCACAGUUGGUUGAUGGCAAUUGCAAUCAGGUACAUGAAGUUUUGAAAUUGCUCAAUGAGCUGCUUCCCACCUCCACUGGAGAUCAAGCUAAUCAGGUAGUGUUGGAUAAGGAAUCAUUUUUAGCUGAUCACCAUGAUCAUCUGCAAAGAUUUGGAAUGGAUUUAUUUCCCAUGCUGGUCCAGGUAGUAAAUUCUGGUGCAAACAUAUAUGUUUGCUAUGGGUGCUUAUCUGUUAUCAGGAAGUUAGUUUUUCUGAGCAAACCUGACAUUCUUGCUGAAUUGCUUAAGACUGCCAACAUUCCAAGUUUCCUGGCUGGAGUGUUUACUCGAAAGGAUCACCAUCUGCUGAUAUUAGCCCUACAAAUCACUGAGAUCAUCCUCCAAAAGCUUUCUAAUGCUUUUUUGAACUCAUUUGUAAAGGAGGGUGUUCUUUUUGCGAUCGAUGCACUACUAAUGCCUGAAAAAUGCUCGCAACUGAUGCUUCCAGUGUUCAGUGGUAUCCAACCAUCAUUUGAUUCAAGCCAAAAGUCUUCUGCAAGGGAUUUCCAGAGAUGCUUGUGCUAUGCAUUUGAUACAGUGCCAUCUUCCUCUGUGCCACCUUGUAAGAUUGACAAGGAUGCUGUUUGCAAUCUUGCUAAACAUAUAAAAACCAAUUACUUUGCUCCAGAAUUAGUCGAGUCUGAAAAAGGAAUGACUGAUGUUCUUCAAAACCUCAGAAACUUAUCUGCUGCCUUGAUUAAUUUGAUAGACAUGCCUGUUGAUGGUGAUACUCUAGCUCAACAUGAAGCGAAGUUUUACAGCACAUUGCAUCAAAUUAUACUGAAGCUUAAUGGUAGAGAACCUGUUUCCACUUUUGAAUUUAUUGAAAGUGGAAUCAUGAAAUCGCUUAUACAUUACCUAUCCAAUGGGCUGUACACGAGAGAGAAUGUGGAAUUUAUUGGUAGUUGUGAUCUUUUGGGUGUUUUGGGGAAGAGGUUUCAGGUCUUCGCAAAAUUGUUUUUCUCUUAUUCAGAUAUCCUUGUUGAGGACUUGCCAGUGUCAAUACUAAUACAGAAACUACAAAGUGCAUUGUCAUCUUUGGAAAAUCUCCCUGUUAUUUCAAGCCAUGGAUUCAAGCAGAGAAAUUCUUUUGCUACAGUCCCAAAUGGACGUUGCGUUAUGUAUCCAUGUUUUAGGGUUCGUUUUGUGAGGGAGGAAGGGGAGACCUGCCUCUCUGAUUGUGCAGAUGAUGUUUUGUCUGUUGACCCGUUUUCUUCAUUAGAUGCCAUUGAAGGAUAUCUGUGGUCUAAAAUUUUUACUAAACGAACAGAAAAAGGGCAUUUAAAUGCAGAAGCAUUGGAACAGAGGGACAUUCUACCUAAUCUUUUACCAUCAAAUGCAAAUUCUAGUCAAGGGGAGAGUUCAGGUUUUAUAGACAGCACGUCCGCUGAUUUGCCAGAGACACAGGAAGAUGAGACUAACUUGUCACAGAUGGCCUCUGAACAAGUGCAUUUCAGAGAAUUGAAUUCUGGUGAAACAAUGUCUUUGGAUGAAACCAAUAUGGGCUCCGCUGGGAAGGAACAAGAGUUUCCUACAGAGUCAACUAAAGCAAUGGGAACUCCCUGUUCUGCCUCUGGUAGUAAUGACAUCAAAGAUUUGUCACCAAGACUAUUGCUUUAUCUAGAAGGACAUCAACUAGGCCGUACUUUGACGCUAUAUCAAGUGAUUCUUCAGCAGCUACUAAAUUCAGAGAGUGAAUUUAUAACAUGGUCAAAGUUGUGGAGCAGAGUAUACACAAUAACAUACAAAACAGCUGUGGAAUCUAAGCAAGAUGAUCCUCAUGGACAUACAUAUGUAGAAGACAAUUCCUCAGUAUCAGAUAAAAAGAUUGCUUCUAUGCAGAAUAUGGCAUUUUUUUCCAGCAUGUUUGCAUGCAAUAUUGCUUCUGAUUUGGAUAAAUUGAGUCCUAUUUAUGAUAUACUGUUUCUGCUCAAAAUUUUGGAAGGCAUCAACAGAUAUUCAUUUCAUCUAAUGUCUUGUGAGAGAAUAUGUGCAUUUGCUGAAGUUAGGAUUGAUAACUUGGAUAAUUUGAAGGAAAUGGUUCAUUCAGUUCCUCAUAAUGAGUUUGUGAGCAGUAGAUUGACAGGAAAAUUAGAGCAGCAGAUGCGGGAUGCUUUUAAUUUGUCUACUGGUGGUAUGCCUUCAUGGUGUAAUGAUUUAAUGUCUUCUUGUCCCUUCUUGUUUGGCUUUGAGGCAAAAUGUAAGUACUUCAGAUUGGCAGCCUUUGGUCCACGAAGAGUUCAACUUAAUGCCAUUUCACGUAGUAAUUCAGGUGCUUCAAAUGACAGGCAAACUACUUCAGGCGGUUUGCCUCGUAAGAAAUUUUUAGUCUUGCGUGAUCAAAUUCUAGAUUCUGCUACCAAAAUGAUGGACCUACAUGCUCGUCACAAGGGACUUCUUGAAGUGGAAUAUGAUGAAGAAGUUGGCACUGGCUUGGGUCCAACUUUGGAAUUCUAUACUCUUGUUAGUCAUGAAUUUCAGAAACCUGGUCUUGGCAUGUGGAGGGAGGACCAUAGUUCAAUUAUCACUACAAAGACCUUGCUUACUGAUUACGUAAUCCCGAGAAGCAGUUUUGGGCUAUUCCCUUGUCCAUAUUCACCUAAAUCAGAUUCAUGUAGUGGGAUACAGUUCUUUGAAGUAUUAAAAAAGUUUGUACUUUUGGGCCAAAUUGUUGCAAAGGCUUUUCAAGAUGGAAGAGUCCUGGAUGUUCCCUUCUCCAAAGCCUUCUACAAAUUAAUUUUGGGUCAGGACCUUAGUUUGUUUGACAUCCAAUCAUUUGACCCUGAGCUUGGUAGGACGCUACUGGAGUUUCAGGCUAUUGUUAAUCGGAAAAUGCAUCUGGAAUCCAUUUGUGUUGAAAACUCUUCAUUGGAACAGGAUUUGUAUUUUAGAAAUACCAAGAUUGAAGACCUUUAUCUGGACUUUACCCUUCCUGGUUAUCCUGAUUAUGUUCUUUCAUCCGAGUGUAAUCACAAAGUGGUAAAUUUGGAUAACUUGGAGGAUUAUAUUGAGCUUGUGGUGGAUGCUACCAUACAUAGUGGAAUUGCCAGACAAAUUGAAGCUUUCAAGUCUGGAUUUAACCAGGUUUUUUCAAUUAGUCAUCUCCAUAUUUUCACAGAGAAGGAACUAGAGCGUUUACUUUGUGGAGAAUGUGAUAAUUGGGCCUUCAAUGAACUUCUGGAACAUAUCAAGUUUGAUCACGGAUAUACUGCCAGCAGUCCACCCAUCAUUAAUCUACUGGAAAUUAUUCAAGAGUUUGAAUUUGCACAACGGCGAUCAUUUCUGCAAUUUGUGACCGGUGCACCCCGUCUACCUCCGGGAGGUUUGGCAUCCUUAAACCCCAAAUUGACAAUCGUGCGCAAGCAUAGCAGCAACUGUGCUGAUACAGAGCUGCCCAGUGUCAUGACUUGUGCCAAUUACCUGAAGUUGCCGCCGUAUUCUUCGAAAGAGAAGAUGAAAGAGAAACUCUUAUACGCCAUAACGGAAGGGCAAGGGUCAUUCCACCUUUCAUAGCCUUUUUUGCAGGUACAUAUCUGUGAAUUUGUAAUUAUUAUUUAGGUAGGUGCUGGGUGUACAUGAAAAGGGGUGGAGAAGAGCAGUAUGGUUGGGGGAUCUUGAUGCUGUAAUGGAAAUAGGUGACACAAUAUUUGGGGUUUGGGAUUUGUAAGUAGAGAAUGGGUGUUGGUUUGGUUAUCAAGUUUGGGGGCUUAGCUUUGUAUAUAUUGGAGUGAUGGCUGUUUCUCUAACUUUUUAUUAAUGCUCAAAGAUGUUUAGCACUGUCA